CCUAACACUCAAAAAUUAAAUUUGAUUGAACAUGAAAGAUGGGACUGCGGAAGUAAGAAACUAGGAAGCCAAGGGCGGGUAUUUAGGUGAAGUUGAAUUGGGGGUGGGAAACAAACGAAAUGGGCGAGAAUGGGGAAGGCAUAUUCGAGGGAUUACCUCCUCCCACGAACGAUAAUACAACUCAUUCAAACUCUAAUCAAUCCAUCACCAAAACCCUAAUUCAAUCCAACACCUCUGACCCGAACCCGAACCCAAACCCACCCGCUCCUCCUCCUCCUCCUGCUCUCAAGAGUGCCCUCAAACGCACUAAACACAAUCCCUCUCCUCAACUACAGCAGCAACAACAAGAAGAAGAAGUUAAUGUUCCUCAAAAGCGCUUGAGGUUUAAAACAACCACUGAUGCCUCAGAAGUUCAAGUCAUAGAGGCCAUGAAGAAGAUAGCAUCACAUAUUAAGACCUCUUCAAAAGUUGGGAAGGCGUCAAAGCUUGCUAUACAGUUAAUUACUGCAGGUAGUAUUAAGCCUGCAACGAGUGAUUAUUUCUUCGCAAUACUAGAAUCUGCUAUGUGGUCCCAAACUGUGUGUAAUGAUCCUUCAGUUCGGGCCGACUAUCAUGCAUUGUUUUCAGCAACACAAGAUGUGACUGAGUGCUUUAAUAAGAAGCAGAGAAAUCAAAUAAUGGCUUGGACAAUCAGAGCUGUUGUGGCAAAUGACCUCUUCACAGAUGACAGUUUUGUGUUUUCUAAGGCAUCUGGGCGAAUCAAAGAAGCCAUAUUACAGCUUCCCCUCGCCACUGAAGAAGAGGACAUUGAAGAAUCUGCUGCUUUGACCGAGACGGAGAAGUUAGAUGCAGACAAUCAGUCAAAAGAAGAAACGCCUUCAGCUUCCUUUGAAAAUAGUAAAAAGGAAGAAUUUGAUCCUUUUGGGCUUGAUGCAUUAAUUCUGAAUAAGAAUGACGAAAAGGCCAAGGGUAAAAAAGAUGGAGCAGCCAAAUACAGAAAGGGAGAAGAUGACGAGAAUAAGAGAUUUCUAAAAUGUCAGAGAGAAGCCUUAGUUCUUUGUUUGGAGAUUGCUGCAAAACGGUACAAGCUUCCAUGGUGCCAGACAGUGAUAGACAUUUUAGUAAAGCAUGCCUUCGACAACAUUUCAAGGUUUACUUCAAAACAAAGAGAAGCUAUUCAGAAACUCUGGGCUUCUAUAAGGGAACAACAAGCUCGCCGCAAACAAGGAAAAUCAGUAUCUGGAAAACUUGAUGUCAACGCUUUUGAAUCCCUUCAGGAAAAAUAUGCAAAUCAGAAGAUCAGUAUACGACGUGCUGUAGGAGGUGGGGGAUCGCGUCGUGCUGCGCAGUGGCUUGGAUAGUAUCACGGUACUCUCCUGAAUCACUCUUAUCUUUAUGUCACUGCACAAUUUGAUGGUUAGGGUGGAUAAUAGUAACUGAGAACCUGUGUUAAGAGACUAAAAUGAUAUUUGGGCUGAAUUUAAUCUAUUCAUGUAAAUGUGUAAUGUUAUUUUACUUGAUUAAUGGACAUCCUUACAGAUUUUGCAGCAGGAUAGAAA